CCCUGGUAAUGACAAUAAGAAUUAACCUAACAAUUUGAUAGAAAUAAAAUGAUAUUUUCUUUAAAAUUUAUUAGAAAAGUUUCAAUAUGUUCCACCACGAAAAUGAAAACUUUUUCAACAGGAUUGCUUCAGUCAGAUAAUCACUUAGUAGAAGCUAACCCAGGUUUUGUACAAAUUUCAAAGCAAGAUGAAGUAUUAAAACAUCCAGAUUACUUCAAUGUACACAAUUUAUUCACUGUAAAAGACUUAUUUGAUGCAAGAGUGCAUUAUGGACAUAAAGAAGGGUCUUUAGAUGAAAGUAUGCUUCCUUACAUUUAUGGAAGUCGUUUAGGUCAUAUUAUUUUUGAUUUAGACAAAACUGCGGCAUAUUUACGACAUGCCCUAAAUAUAGCUGCUCAUAUUGCAUACAGAGACGGAAUAAUCUUAUUCUUUUUGCGUGGAGCACAAAAUUCGCAUCUCGUGGAACAAGCGGCUAAAGAAUGCGGUGAAUACGCACACACAAGAUUUUGGAGAGGAGGUAUAUUUACUAAUGCAAAUAAACAAUUCGGUGCAGUUACAAGGUUGCCUGAUUUAUGCAUAUUUAUGAACACUUUAAAUAAUGUUUUAAUACAACACACCGCUGUACGUGAUUCCGCAAAAAUGUCAAUUUGCACCAUUGGUAUCGUCGACUCCAAUUGUAAUCCGAAUCUUAUUACUUACCCUGUACCUGGAAAUGAUGAUUCACCUGCCGCUAUAGAACUGUAUUGCAAGUUGUUCAAGAAAGCGAUUUUGAGAGGGAAAGAAAAGAGAAAAGAACACCUUCGACAACAGUGAUUUAUUUAUAGACUAGUAUUUAUAAAAAAAUAAAUGUAUAUAAAGUUUAAAAUUUUCUUUUUCCUAAGAAAGUAGUGUAAUUAAUAUUACAUUACUCUAUAUCAAUGAGUUAUUAUAUACAUUAAUUUCAACGUUUUCCCUGAACAACAUAUUUUUCAAUGCAGUAUGUAUUUUGUUAGUGCUACUGUAAUAAGUCAAUAAACAAAAUAAUAAAUAAUAAAGUUACAAUAAUAAUAAUUGUUUUGGUAUUAUUUUUGGUGCAAUAAAUGUACAUAUUAACUAAGGAGGAAAAUAUAAAGAUUGCAUUGUAUUCUUUUGCAGGAAAAAUGUUUUUGGCACAAACUAUGUGGCAAAAAAGUGUAGCACAGUUUUAUGAGCAAUCUGCUAUUAAGAUUAAACCAAAUGUAUCAAAACGAGACAUUUUCUAAAACUGUCUAAAUUUUUAUUCAAAGGUUAUCUAAAUUACAGAGCCUUCAUAAAUGUUUACAAGUUACGUGACUGCCGAGAUUAGACAAACCAACAAUAGACGAUUGGCACUGGCAAAGAAAAUUUCCUAAAUCUUGGGUCAAUAUUAAUGAUUCGUUUCCAUUGAACAAUGACAAAUCAUUACAUCUAAGCUUGAACCAAUGCAAUCGCUGAUUGGUGUAAUUUUCACGAGAUUCUAUUCAACCAAUCAGCAAUCGCAUUAUCUUGAGUGUAGAUGUAACAGUUUGUCAUUCUUCAAUGAAAACGAAUCAUUGAUAUUGGUGACGCCAAGAUUUAGGGAAUUUUUGUUACUAGUACCAAUCG